CUUAACCCCGCGGGUUCAAUUGAGCAAUGUCGCAUUUGAAACUUGCCCCGCCCUCGAGUUGCCUCAAUGCCCCCUUCUAGCACACCUUUUCGCGUUCCCUCUUCUCGUCGUCCCAAUUCCUCCGCUCAGCCCAGUGCUGGUCCCCAGUUCGCGUCAACACCCCGUUUCGUGCUCUCCCAGCAGACCCCUGGCUCAACCGCGCGGGUACAUGUCAAAGAUGAACUCAUCGAUGGCGAUGAAUCUCCUCAAUCCACCCCUAUCGCCAAUACACGGGUCGCCAAAAGAGAGCAAGGCAUUGGACCAACCCAGCGCCAGAAAGAGAUAAUCGAAGACUCCGAUGACGGGCUAGAUGACAAUGAAGGAGCGCGCAGAACCUCACACAAUGACAUCACCGGGAGCCCAGAUCCAGAUAGUAGUCCACCAUGCAACGCAGGCGAGCUCGAGGCCGAAUUCGAAGCUCUCUUCGGACCGACGACGACACGACCAAAGCGAAGGCGGCGUGCAUCGCUUGACCCAGAGACACCCUUCACCCAGCGAAGAAAACACGAUGACGAUAUCAUUCAAACAUCUUCCCCGGAAGCACCAUCGCCUACGAUGGACCGUACUCAACGACAAAGCCAACCUCCGAACCAGACAUGUCCCGAGAUAAACCCUCAGCGAACCACCACCACUACUCCCCAAUCUUCAACACCAGCAACUAUCAAAUCCUCCUUCCGCAACAACCCUCGCUUCGCGCUAUCAGCCUCACAGGCAUUUCCAGGUACCCAGUCUCAAUCAAGCGCUCGGCCGCCCCCUUGCGCAACACCGGCACCGACGUCCCCGCCCCCGAAACGGAAACCGACGUUCGUUCUUCCGCGCUCGCCGUCCCCAUCCCAGGCCGCUGAAGACCCCUCUGCCAUUCCUACCCCAUUCUCCCCUUCGUCUCACACGCUCCGUCGCCGUGGUCGCGCCCGCUCCUCGGCCCCUAGUUAUCUGCCCGGCGGCAUGGCGGCCGAAGUGCGCAGCUGGAUAUUGGAAAUGAGCACCAAGCGGGAACAGAUGCAGAUGAACUACCGAAACCGCACCGGAGCCGGACCCGAUUUGCAAAGGUAUUUUCUCGUCGUUCGUAUCGCGGAUGUUCGUCAGUCUGCGCUUGCUAGUUCCGGACCGCUUGCUUUCGUGCGAGGCCAGCCUGUGACGUCACUGGGGGAUGAAGAGGAUGCUUCUGGUCAUCGUGAGAGCAGUGAGAUGAAGCAUAUUCUUCUUCUAGGGACCCCGCGCUCCAAGCCGGCUGGCGUACCGUCGCAGCAUCCAGAUGCUAGUUCUGUUCCUGAACUUGUUGGGGGGAACCUGGUGGGUGUUCAUCGGGGAUUGGUCUGGGAAUUAGAUUUGGAGGAUAGAUUGUCUGGAUAUGGGAUACAAAGUGAUCCCAAUAGCGACAGGCACGGGCAACCUGGGGCUACAACCAAGUGGCUUGUGUGUAUGGAGUGGGAUCUGAUAUCAGUGGAUUGAUAGAUGAUGAUGAUGAUCGUGGUUAUGUCCUGAUAUUAUUAGCAACUAUGUAUACUACACUACGCAUGAUACCCCGGGCUUUACAUGUUUAUCUGUGAAUAUUUUCCUCCACCGUGGGAGCGGUCUAUACAUUUCGUUAGAUGACAUAUAUACAAAAGAUCAGAGCACAAAGUCUUAAUGCAAUGCUUUUAUCCAAUAGGCCACAACAUCCCAUAUCAAAGAGAACCGGACGCCAAAAAGCAACCACAACAGUCCUAGAUCAAAAUUAAUCAAACCCCGCCGUCUCCUUCGAGACAACCUU